CACUUGUAAGCUGUUCAGUCUAACUCUAACAAGCGUUACCUUUUUUUCUAAAGUCUUUGUCACUUUUUAGUUUUUGCUCUUGUCUUCUACAGUAAACAUGGCUCCUGCAGUUUUAUGUUAUUGGGAUAUCAGAGGGUUGGCCCAGCCCAUCAGGUUUCUACUUGAGUACACUAAUACUGAGUUCGAGGAUAAAAUGAUGGCCUGUGGUCCUGCACCGGACUUUGACAAGUCCGGUUGGUUUGAUUCUAAACACAGUCUUGGUCUAGACUUCCCUAACCUUCCUUACUACAAGGAUGAAGAUGUGAGCUUGACCCAGUCCAACGUUAUUCUAAAACAUAUUGCUCGUAAAAACAACCUGGACGGAACAACUUUAAAGGAAAAGGCUGAAGCUGAUAUGUGUGCUGAUCAAAUUAUGGAUCUCAGAAACGGUUGGGUCAGACUCUGCUACAAUCCUAACUUUGAAUCGAUGAAGGAUGCGUACCUUGAGGGAUUAAAGGGACAGCUCCAGGCUUUCUCCACGUUCCUCGGAACUAAGAGCUGGUUGGUUGGAGAGCAGAUCACCUACCCGGACUUCCACCUCUACGAGAUGCUCACCCAGCACAAGAUGCUCAAACCCGAUUGUCUCAAGGAGUACCCGAACCUGGAGAUGUACUGCACAAGGUUUGAGAAGCUGCCAGCCAUAGAGAAGUACAUGCAGUCAGAUAGGUUUAUGAAAGCACCAAUCAACAACAAAAUGGCCGCAUUCGGUGCCAAGUAAUCAGCUGACAGAAACAAAAUGUCGGACCUGACCUAAUGAAGAAUCUUUUACUUUUUAUGAUUUCCUGCGAUUACAAUGUCAAGAUUUUAGAUACCAGUGAGAACAACAGAUAUUUUAAACUUUGUGUAUAAUACAUUUUCUCAUGUAUGUAUGAAUUGUUUCAUUUGUAUCUCGUUUUUUCCAAAUAAAUGAUUUUUUUAA